ACCAGAGGAUACGAACCUUGGAUAGCGAACAGUGACUCAGUUUGCUUUCGUUAGUCUUUAUGGAAGGUUCGUACCGAUAUUUCGUGUAAAUCGUUUUAACGCAUGUUAUUUUUCUUCUCUAUAUAUUUGAUACAAUCAGGAUUAGGAUUUUCUCAUUUUCGGAGUAACGACAAUAGAGAGGGAUGUGAGUAACUGUGUGUCAACGACAUAGUGUGCGAAUGUAAUCGUGAUACGAACAGAGAUCAAUUAGACGAAAGGUAUACUCUGUCGUGAGUAAAGUGUCAAAUGCCAGCGGACAAUGAAUACGAUGAUACGAAGCUGGAUCCUCUGCAGUCUAUUUCUGCUGGGAUACAUUCAAGAAUGCUGGCUACUCAUAAUAAAAGGCGUGAACAUACCAUCGACAGUGAAAGCCGAAGACACCGAUUAUGUGAUUCUGGAUUGCGAUUACGAUCUCGAAGAUACGCCAAGCAACGGAUUAGUGGUAAAAUGGUUCUUUAACGCAAACGAAGUGGCUUACCAAUGGAUAUACGGUAGGGAUCCUUUGGCCGGAGAUAUUACACGGAAAUACGUUGACUUGAAGUAUAAAGCUAGCAACAAUCCAUACACUACGUACCGAGCCAUGAAAUUGAACAAGCCCGGUAUCGAUCUUAGUGGCGAGUACAAAUGUGUCAUAUCCACUUUCGCGGAUGAGCAGUCUGCAAGUGCUUCCAUGCUUGUAUAUUCAACGGAAGAUAAAUUCGAUCUUAUAUAUAGGAAGAAAAUUAUAGACGAUAAGAAUGGGGUAGAGAUAACGUGUAUGGCAGAGGGACUAUAUCCACAACCUACUCUAGAUAUAUCUAUCGAGGAUGUCCCGGAAAAACAAACAAAACCUACCAUUACACUACGAGCUGAUGGACUAUACGAUAUCUUAUCACGAACGAUCUUACUUGAUGAAAAUUUACCUGAAGCAGCGAUUGUCAAAUGCUUGCUUGGUAUACCGAAAGUGAACUAUAACAUUUCUCACAAAGCUGUCUACUAUCCUGGAAAUUUCGUUGGUCAAUUAUCAAUUAACUUUCUUCUAGUUAUAAUGCAAAUGGCAUUAAUCAAUAUAUUCAAUUAAUUAUUAG